UCUGUAGUCUGCUGUAAAUAACUGAAGAAAUGGAAAGAAGAAAACGAAGUUAUGGAUCUUCGGAGCAUCGACCAGAUAAAAAGCUGAGGCGUCGUAUAAUUUACUCCUCUUCUGAAGAUGAAGACGAAAUAAAGUCAUUCCAAGAACCACGUGUUGAUUCGUCGUCACGUGUUGCGACCACGCGCGACAUUUCUUCGCCGCGAGUGCGGCAAAAAACUCCACCAGCCAACACACGUGGCAAUGGUGCGUCGCGUGAGCGACUUAAUUCAACAAAUAAUGUUGCGUCACCACCAAGCAGGAGUUCAAGACCUCGCAGAAGAGUCUUAUCGCCAAUCGUCAUCGUACGUCAGGAACCGUCACCAACAUCAUCGAUAGCAUCGUCGCCAGAACGUCCAGCUCCGGCGCAAGCAGCGCUUGCUGAAACUGAGCUAAAGGAUUCAGAAGAGCUCGAUGAAGAAACUCUUCAGCUAUUAGGAAAUGCUCCUAAGGUAGACACUCCUCUUGGACCAGCGAUUCAUAAGGACAUAGCCAGUCGAUGGCAAGACAUUCUGAGUAAAGGUCUACCAAAAGACCAAAAAGAUAAGCUUUUAGAGGAGUAUUUGGUUCCCAGCAACUGCGAUCUCCUGCAGGCCCCGGCUCUGAACCCGGAAGCAAAAGUACCUUUAAAUGAGGUAAUGAUACGUCGUGACGUGUCCCUAAUGCAUAAGCAAAGGCAAAUUGGACUGGCAUUGUCAGCUUUAGCUACAACGAUGGAAAUGGUCGUUUUAAACGAAACGUCUAAGACAAAGCUGCUUAAACCUUUAAGUGACGCAUGCCGGAUUUUGUGUGACAGUCAUUACAUGGAAACAAAAACACGAAGAAGUUUAAUAUUAUCUUCGAUAAACACCGACCUUAAAGAAACUUUAACGGAGGUUCCACGAGACAGCAAUUUUCUAUUUGGAGAAAACGUCAGUGAAAAAGUCAAGACUGCAAAGAAUAUUCAGAGGUCUGGUGAAGUUUUAAAACAGCCUCGGAAAUUCUCCAAAAAUAAUUUUUUGGCGAAACAAAAUAAAAACCGACCAAAUUUCAAGCCGGUUCACCGCAAGACGGACAACAAGUGGAACAGCGCAGACGGCGUCGACUCGAGACCAGCACGAGCGCCGCCAGCUCCUCGCCAGACGUACAGCGCGUCGCGGAACCGGAGCUACCGCGAGUAUCGCGAGCGCGACCAGCGCGACCGCUCUCCGCCGCCGCGCAGACCUUACUACCGGAGAUGAACACACAGAAACCAUCACAAUCUACACAAGACUCUAAAAUUGGUAGCCGCGAGGCUUUCCGGAAAGUACUACUGAAUAAGUCACUGUCACCACGAUCUAUUGAAAUUAUAUUAGCAUCAUUAACUAA